CCCUGGCGUCCGAGCUGAGCGCGCCUCGCGGAGCGCGCCAUGGCCGCGCCGGUGACCGCCUUGCUCCUGCCGCUGGCCUUGCUGCUCCAUGCCGUCGCGGCUCUCCAGCCGAGGGAGUUUCGGGUGUCGCCGCUGGGUAGGACCUGGAGUCUGGGCGAGCCAGUGGAGCUGAAGUGCGAGGUGCUGCUGCCCAGCUCGGGGACAGGCUGCUCGUGGCUCUACCAGCCGCGCGGCCCCGCCGCGAGCCCCACCUUCCUCCUGUACGUUACCCAUAACCGGGUCAAGCCGGCCGAGGGGCUGGACACCCAGCAGUUCUCGGCCAAGAAGAACCCGGACGGCUCUUUCAGCCUUACCCUGAACCGCUUCCGCGAGAAGGACGAAGGCUACUACUUCUGCUCGGUCCUGAUCAACUCGAUCCUUCAUUUCAGCACCUUCGUGCCGGUCUUCCUGCCAGCGAAGCCCACCACGACGCCAGCGCCGCGACCGCCGACGCCGGCACCCACCGCCACGUCGCAGCCCAGGUCCCUGCGCCCAGAAGUGUGCCGGCCCGUGCCGGGCGGCUCAGUGGACACGAGGGGGCUGGACUUCGCCUGUGAUGUCUACAUCUGGGCGCCCUUGGCCGGGGCCUGCGGGGUCCUUCUGCUGUCACUGGCCGUCACGGUUAUCUACAACCACAGGACCAGAAGACGUGUUUGCAAGUGUCCCAGGCCCUUGGUCAGGCCGGGAGGCAAGCCAAGCCCUGCAGAGAGAUAUGUCUAACCCUGUGCGACAGCCACUACAUGACUUCAAACUGAGAUCUCGCAUUAUGAAGGGAGCACGUCUUUCCCUUUAAUUUUUUCCAGUUUUCCUUAUGUAUUCAUUCUCAUGAUUAUUACUGUAGUAGGGGUGGGGUGAGAAGGGUUGAUUUUUCUUUAUGUGCCUGAUGCAAAACAAAACCAUGUAACAUUUACGGUGCACUGCAAGGGGCACAAUAUCAUUGUACACACAUAUUGGGGUAAAAGGCGGAAAGGCGCAGGCCAGACUGGAGAGCUGUGUUCUCAGACUCAUUCUGACAACGCUGGAGGAACCUCUUUCCUGCGCUUUCACAAAGGAGGAGGCUGAAGACCAGAGACGGGAGCAGCUUGAUCAGAGCCACACGGCAAGUCAAGGUUGGAGCCAGAGGAACCUUACUUCCCAGCUCAGGGCUCUUUCCUCUACACCGUUCAGGUCUUUCUUUCCAGGCCUCUGUUGAGAGGCUGGGGCAGGGUGGAGGAAGGGUCUCAAACCACAAAGGAACAAGUAUUUCUUGAGCACCUAUGAUAUACCCAUUACUGUACCCAUUACUGUACUGUAGCCUUGGGAUAAUGAAAUAAAACAAGAGAACUUCUGCCCUUGGCAGAGUUCUAUAAUGUAGAUGAACAACAUCAAGUGUGAAAUAAUCAAGCGUGAAAUUUCAUAGAAAGUACAAAUUCCUAAAAUAAAGUGUAGAGGUGAACCGAAUCCUGUAAAAUGAACCCCUCCAUUUAGGCAAGGUUGCUCUCCCAGGCCUUGCGUUGCAGAGGGACCUGUGAAAGAGGAGAGGCCAUCCCUUUACAAACACACCUUGAGCAUCAGUAAAGUUGAACAGAGGUCUUCUCGGAUCUCUAAAUUUGAGAUACCA